AUGGUUUUUAAAGAAAAAGAUUUUGAAAUCUUGAUUUUUCGCAAACAGACAAUAUAUAGUCCCGAAAAAGUGGUAUAUAAUCUACAAAAAUUUUUAAAUCCAUUUUAUUUGGCAUUGGACUAUCAAACAUUGUUUUCGUAUAAAAUGAAAUGUCUCAUAAUUAUUUUAAGUGCCAUACUGGUAACACACGUUAAUAGCCAGGACACAACACCUGCGCCAACACCUGCACCAGAAGGUGCAACACCUGCUCCAACACCUGCACCAGGAGGCUCAACACCUGCGCCAACACCUGCACCUGGAGGCUCAAUACCUGCUCCAACUGGUUCAACACCUGCGCCAACACCUGCACCUGGAGGUUCAACACCUGCUCCAACUGGUUCGACACCUGCACCAACGCCUGCACCUAGGGGCGCAACACCUGCUCCAACGCCUGCACCUGGGGGUGCAACACCUGCUCCAACGCCUGCACCGGGAGGUGCAACACCACCAACACCUGCACCAACUGGAGCAACACCUGCUCCAACACCUGCACCAACUGGAGCAACACCUGCCCCAACACCUGCACCAACUGGAGCAACACCUGCCCCAACACCUGCACCGGGUGGAGCUACACCACCAACGCCUGCGCCAACACCCGCACCAACACCAGCGCCCACGCCUGCGCCGACACCUGCACCAACUGGAGCAACUCCACCAACUCCACCACCAAGUUCUCCUCCUACUCCACCACCAACAUCACAACCGACACCUCCGCCGACACCCCCAACUCAUUGUCCAACAAAACCUCCUACGAAACCACCAACAAAACCACCAACUAAACCACCAACAAAACCUCCUUGUAAUAAUAAGCAAGAAGAAAGUGGAACAAAAGAUAUAGAGGAAAAUGUUUAC